UAAACUUAUAAACAUUUUGAGUUACACCCCCUAUCGAUUUGACUAUAUAAGAAUGUAAAGAUCCGCUUAAGAAAUUAUCGCGUGUGUUUCUUUUGGUUGUUUUGUAUGGACGUAUACCUAGCCUCAGAAUAACACAUCUAACAGUAUGCAAAAUUGACUGACAACAUUUUCACUUCAAGUUCGUCACAUGACGUGAAAUUUUAACAAUUGACCUGUGUUUUCCUCUCUAUUUCAAUAUAUACGUGAAUAAUCAGUUGAUCUGGCUAUAAAUGCUAGACGAAGCUAGUUUCGUAUUUCAUUAAGAUGGAUGUGGUUGAGCGGGAUGUAUCGGACCACGAGAAUUUUAAGAGUGCCACGGAGAGCAGCGAUGAGGAGGAGGCUGUUAGCGUCACAGACCGACUCCUGACGGCUGCCAGGAACGGCGAACUAGAGGUCGUUAAGGAUCUCACGAGCAAGCUCAAACAAGGGGAGAUAAGUCUGGACGUCAACUGUAAAGGGAAUCAGAAGUUUAACCGAGGUUGGACUUCUCUUCACCUGGCGGCAUAUUUCGGCCACAGAGACGUCGUGAGGGUUCUACUGGAGAAUGGUGCUGGUAUCGAUGUGACAAACCCCAAUGGAGAUACCGCUCUUCACAAGGCAGCUUACACCGGGAGGCUGGAUGUGGUACGGGUGCUGUUGGAGUCGGAUGCUGAUGUCACAAUGAUAAACUCUGAGGGGCAGACUCCUAAACUCUGUGCCAAAACAAAAGAUAUCAGGGAUCUCAUUCUAGCUGCAGAAAACCAUGACAACAAAGAGAGAGAAGAGCACUUCCUGUCAUCCAUCCGAGAGGGCGAAGUGGAUUACGUUCAGGGACUGUUACAGAAACAGGAGAAGAGACCUAAUCUGAAUUGCAGGGAUGCUUUUGGAAAUUCUGCUCUCCACAUCGCCGCACAGGCUAACCAGAAGGAAAUAGCUGUGUUGUUGAUCCAGAGUGGGUUGGCUGCAGACAUCAAAAAUAGUAAAGAACAAACACCCGUAGACUAUGCUCGAAGCAACGAAAUGAAACAGAUCCUGGGAGUGAGGCCAGUCAAAGAAUUCAGCCUCCACCCACACAGAUGUGAAGGAGUCCUCUUUAAGAAAUCCAGAUUCCUAGGAUUUAAACCAAUCUUUGUGGUGCUGGAGAGAGGUGUCCUAUCGUACUUCAGGAACAGAGGAGAUGCUAGCACGGGGACCAGGAGGAAGGGGAUGAGAUAUCUGGACGGAACUGUUAUAAUGUUGCCAAAGAAGUCAGAAAACAACAAUUCUGAGUUUGUUCUGAAGUACUCAGAUGACAUUAGGCACACCUUCAGUACCGGGGAGGAAGAACAGGAGAUUGCACGGCAGAAAUGGUUGAAUGCUUUGAAAGACCAUAUAAACUACAGCACUCACUACACCCACCAGGGAGUGACUCUGUCGGACGAUGAGAAGGAGAUUCUGCCCCUGGGUUCCCUACAAGACACUCUCGCGACUGCCCAGGCCCAGCAAAAGCUGUUGGAAAAAGAGAUGGCAGAACUUACAAAUGCUAUCGCUAAUCCAGGAGGAACCCAGCUGGUGUUGCAGCAGUCACACAGGAUUUCUCAGAUGACCCGGGAAAUGUGCAUCACCUUCAGUCAAUGUCUCACUCUCUUCCAGCAACAAGAUGAGGUUAGAGCUCUCCAGUUGAAGGAGGGGAUGGAGAAAUCCCGUGUCCUCCAGGAGGCCCUACAUGCACUAGCAACAGAACAUCACGAACUUGAGCAGUCUAUAGCUGUGAGGAAGCCAUCGACACAGCGGUACUACGACACUGAUGAAGAUGAAUUCUACGACUGUGAUGAAGAAAAUCUAGAGGGCAAUGACGGCGUCCCUGUACAUGGGUCCUUUAAGGAGGAUGUGGACGGCAUGUCUUACCAGUCCCUCAAGUCCAACAGUCCGGUCGCUUCCAUGGCAUCUAUAGCAGAGAAAUCCCAAUAUGGAAGGGUCAAGUUACCUGUGCCGAUGUUUGACAGGAACGACUUCAGCGUUUGGACUAUUCUAAAGCAGUGUAUAGGCAAGGAGUUAUCUAAGAUAACUAUGCCAGUUGUUUUCAAUGAACCACUCAGCUUCCUUCAGAGAAUCACAGAGUACAUGGAGUACGCAGAUCUCCUAGAGAAGGCGUGUCGAUGUAACGACCCAGUAGACAGGUUAAAGUAUAUAUCGGCAUUUGCUGUCUCUGCUAUUUCAUCCAACUUUGAACGGUUGGGAAAACCAUUUAAUCCAUUAUUAGGAGAAACAUUUGAAUUUAACAGACCAGAUUUAGGAUUUAGGGUGGUCAGUGAACAAGUCUCGCAUCACCCCCCUAUAAGUGCAUUCCAUGUGGAGUCCCCUGACUACCGCUUUCAUGGCUCUAUUCACCCCAAACUCCGGUUUUGGGGGAAAUCUGUCGAAGUCAAUCCCAAGGGCGUCCUAACACUGGAGUUAACCAAAUUUGGUGAGACUUACACAUGGAGCAAUGUAAACUGUUGUGUUCACAAUGUCAUCGUGGGAAAACUCUGGGUCGAGCAUUAUGGUGUUCAGGAAAUUGUGAACCACAAAACAAAACAUAAAGCAGUGCUGAAUUACAAACAAGGGGGAUGGUUCGGCAAAGAUCUGAACAAAAUCGAGGGAUAUAUAUAUAGUCCUGACAAACAGAAAAAGAAAGCUGUUUAUGGAAGCUGGGUCAAGGAGCUAUUUGCUGUAGAUCCAAACGGUUUUGAUGAAUUUAUGAAAGAAUUAAACUCAGGAACUUCGCCCAGUCACAAUGCCAAACCUCUUAAUGGUGCCAGUAAAAGUUCGGACAUUUCCGACGACAUUCCAGUUAAAUCUCCCUCCACAUACGACUUGCAGAUCCCCGGACAGGAAGUUAUAUGGAUGGGAACCCCUAGACCAGAUUAUUCACAGGAAUAUUUCAGUUUUACCCUGUUUACCAUGGCACUAAAUGAGAUAACAGAGGAAAACGCUAGUCAGAUCUCUCCCACUGAUUGUCGUCUGCGACCCGACAUCCGUCUGCUGGAGCAAGGACAAAUAGACUUGGCUUCAGUAGAGAAGAACAGAUUAGAGGAAAAACAAAGAUCAGCCAGGAAAGAGAGAAAAAGAAAGAAAGAAGAAUGGACGCCUGUGUGGUUUACGUCCGGAGUUAACCAAGUCACAGGAAAGGAGGACUGGCUGUUUAAGGGAGAUUACUGGAAAAAAGACUGGUCAAAGUGCCCAGAUAUUUUUUGAGGAUAACUUGAGUGUUAGUGAAUUAUAAUUUCUACUGAGGAAGACCAGCCCCAUCCAGUGUUUAUAGGCAGGAAAUGUUUUAUAUGUGGUGAAGCUAGCAUCUUCCAGUGUUCAUAGACAACAAAUGUUUAGCAGUCAAUUAGAAAGCCUCCACAUUUGUCAAUUUAAAACAUUUAUUAAUAGACAAUGUGUUGAUGAACCAGUGUUGCAUUGAGAAGAGGAUUCUGUGAUUACGUAGAGGUUUCAGGGUGAAUUUUAGGUCUGUUGAUAAAAAGUAUGACGUUUCUGAUCACCAGCAAGACUGUGCCAUUAUUCCAAAAAUGUUCAGGAGAUUGAUGUACGACUUAUCUCAUUUUGGAGAUCCCUGUCUUGUAUUUCAUUUCUACGCCUGCAGAGGUUAAUCUGAGAUGCUUCAAAUGUGUUGCACUCAUAAUUGCAAUUAUUGCAACUUUAAGAAAUUCAGUUUUUAUUUCAAAAUGGUAUCUACUUAAUUUCGAUUUUGCAUUCAGUUUCAUAUCUGGUUGAUAGGAUUGUAAUGUACAUUUUUACAACGUGUGAUUCUGCUAAGUCUGCGGUCACAUGACCUCAGUGUAAUUUCAUACCAGCGGAUUAGAAAUAUGUAUUAAAGCUAAUUUCAUUUACCGUAAGCCUUAUGAAACUCAGAGGAAUUUUAUACCUGCAGACCAAACUAAUAAUGAUAAUCCACGAAAUUAUGAUUCCAUGUAAUUUGGAUGUGUUUACAUUAUCACAAGAUAUCCAUAUUACCAAAUUUUACCAAUAUCAUCUGUUAAAAUACCCAGCUUUAUAACAUAAACUUGAUAACAUGCUGUUUAAUUCUGUGAUGUCAUUGCUUUUCCUUGUUUUUGUAUUCAUAAAAACAAGUGAUGAACAAAGUAAAAAACUCUUAAUGAAGAAGAAUAUCAAAAUGGUUACUUUCCACAUAUUUAUGAACCAAUGAUAUUGCAGCAUUAGCAACACCAGAAAAUUAAAAGUCAAGAAAUUAAACAAAACCGCGGUAGAUAUCUCCAGAUCCAGCACAGGAAGAGUACUUGCAUCAAUUCUCUAAGAGUGUUUCAGAAUUGUCCGCUGUUGCCAUUUUGUAAAGAUAGAAACCAUGAUAUUUCUACGAACACAGUACUAACAAUUGGGGGAGAUAACUCUAGUCUUUGAAUAACGUGUAGCACAGAAGUGAUUUUUCUAAUUGUUAGGUUUUUUUCCUUUUGAACCUGCACAGUUCUUGGCAUCUUUAUAUUCUUCAUUGGGCAUCAGUUGUAAUUCCAUGAUAUGUGAUAUAUGUAUGCAUUAAUGUGCAAUAUUUAUGUGAUAUUAAGAUUUUGAUUAUUUCAUGUGCUAUUACUUACAUUAUAUGCAUGUAGUGUUGUUGAUGCAACGUUGAAAGCCAAAUGAUAUAUCACAUGUAAAAUCACAACCAUGUGCAGAAUGAGGUCACAAGUGUAGCCUUUCAUCUCAGAUGCUAAAACAUUCACAAGACCCACGUGCCUACCUAGUUAUUUACAGUGUGUUCUUCACAAUGGAGAUCACAUUUUUUGUACUCUUAGUGUCAUAAUAAAAGUUUUUCUACCAGAUACAGAGCAUAUGUGGGAUGGUGUUACAAAUAUGUACAGAUAUCUAUCAAGACGUUGGGGGUGGGGGGCUGCUGUGUUUGGAAAAAUUUUAAUGAUAAAUUUUUAAGGGAAAUUCAUGAGUCGAUAGAAAUUCUUCACUCAUAGAAUGUAAACUGUUAGUGUUAUAAGUAUAUAUUGCCUUAGCACCUAGUUUUAUUGAAAUUUAAUCCUAUACACACACACACACACGUAAUGUAUGUAAGUCAAGAAGGGUAAAGUGAAUUCUAUAAGAAAACUUCCUUAUUUUUCUUUAACAGGGAAACGGGAAGAGAAAAUUUAAAUUUUUUACUGUCAAAAAGAGCAACAUAGAUUUAAUAAAGGCAGAUGUUGAGGAAAAUUUGAAACAUAGGUUGAUCCAUAUCUUGUUGAUGCCAUCGUUAUUUGUGCACUAGAAAUAAGGAAUCGCAGGCAGCUGUAAUCCCCCAAGCAUAUUAUAAAUGUUUUGUUUAAUGGUGACAACACCAUGCAAUAUAAUAAUUGUUGGAAUAUACAUUCUAAUGUGUCAAGUCAGAUCUGCAAACUACAAAGGGAAAAUUGAUUUACUAGAGAUUGAAUAUCGUGUUUAUAGUAUGUUACAGUUACAUCAUUGAGAAUGAAAUGGAAUCGUGUUCUGUUAGUAUAAAAUUAUUGCAGAAACCCUUCUUCGACUAUGCAUAUGGAAAUCUUUGUGGUUAUAUAUAACAUGUAUAGACUGUUAAUUCCUAAUUCUGUUGAAGUUUUGAGUUGUGGUCAGAAAAACAAUAAAGAAAAUUUUCACUUAGA